CCUCUAAAGUCAGCUGAUUUAAUCGGGUGACUGUUGACACCAGGCUUGCCGAGGCUAGGGAACUUAAACAAAAGUAACUUUUAAAGUUGAAAUGACAGUCGUAUAAAUAAACUUUUUUUUUGGAAACGGUCCGGUGGCAUCUCCGAGUAACUGAAAACUUACAAAGUGCUAUUUAGAAUGGCUUCUUUGCUUUUCUGCGGUCCUAAACUGGCAGCAUGUGGACUGGUCCUGAGCAUUUGGGGUGUUAUUAUGCUGGCAAUGCUGGGGAUUUUUUUUUCUACACACUCAGCUGUGCUCAUAGAGGAUGUACCUUUCACAGAGAAAGACAUGGAGGACGGGUCGACGGCACUGCAAAACAUCUAUAAAUUGUACAACCAAGUCGGAUACAAUUGCUUCAUUGCAGCAGCGAUCUAUGUUGGCAUUGGAUUCCUGUCUUUUUGUCAAGUUCGCCUGAACAAGCGCAAGGAAUAUCUAGUGCAUUAGUACCACCUAGUGAUUGGAGUGUAACUCUACCUCUACCUUCCUUUGUGUCUGUGUGUUUGUAUUCUGUAUUUGCCUUAAAAUGAAGCCUUAAAUGGGUGUAGAUAUUUAAGUUUAAACAAGAUUGAUUUGAAAAGAUCUAUUUUACUGUGCUUUUCUAUGUUGCCUUUCUAUCUCGAAGCCUAUCGUAAAUAUGUGUGCACUUAACCAUGAUCUGGUGCCUUCCUAAUUUACCUAUCAUAGUGCUCUCUCGAUCAGUAGACCUACUAAACAUGAAUAAAUGAUUGUAUUUAUAUUAAGCACCUAUCAUAUACGCAGUCUCAUUAUUUAAAUGUUGAAUGGAAUUUUACAUGUGCGCACUGGCUCUGUUGUCACAAUAAAUGAUUCAAGAUUUUGUCUA